GAGUAGUUGGAAGGCAAAGGGUGGUAAACUAAAUCGCGGCUUAACCAGACUUGUCCAAGACCGUGGAGUCAGGGCUGGCCAGUGCAGCAGGAGGAACAGCAACACAUUGCAAGUCAAGCGAGGGAAAGCGAUAGGAGACAGCAGAUGAAGCCGUGUGAAGUGGUUAGUAGUUCUUCCAUUUAUUUAUUUCACUCUCCCUUUUCAAAAGAUGUUGUUGCUUGUACAUUCUAUGCCCUUUGGCUCCCAACAUUCUCCUCAGUUAUUUUCUGGAUUUAUGGUGGGAUGAGUGUUCCUGAUUCUGCGUUUUCUCCAUUUCUCCAUCUCUCUCUAUCUAUCAUACUCCGUACACACACAAACCGCUAUCGCCGUGCGCUUAGCGGAAUGGGGCUAAACGGCAAAAGUGACUUAGUGUCUUGAAUCUCCUCGUGCCAAUCAGCGAUACCUGCCGGGGCCAACUCGUAAUAAUAUCCCUCUCGAAUUGAAUCAUAGGUAUGGAGACGAUCCGAUUUCGAUUACUCCU